CUGUCUCUCUCUUUCACUCUCUCUCUGUCUAUCUGCCUCUGCCGUUCAGUGCACUUGCUGUGAGCUCUGACAAUGGGUACUUUCAUCGGCCACAUCUCCCCUGGUCUGGCCUUCUUCUCCUUCGGUCUUCUCUACGGCAUCAGGUACUCCCUGAUGGUGCUGAGGGGGGAGAUGGGGCCACAAGUAGCCCCCACCCGGUCGCCGGGGCUGUGUGGCUGGUGGAGGCGUGUGCCAGCCGAGGGGGUGAUGAAGGUGUUGUAUGGCACGGCAGCGGCCAUGGCUGAGCUAUUCUACCCCCCGGGGGUGAACAAGGCGGUGCUCUACAACACCCAGAAUCCUGAUUACCCCUUCAUCCACCCCAAUGAGUGGCAGCACCUCACCAUGUACUCGUACUUUGCCCUGAGCGGUUGGAUGGACAUCCUCAGCCAGACCUGCCUGCCCAAGCGCUUGGUCCUCUUGGAGCGUGUCGCAAUCGCGGUGGCCUUUUACGUCGAAGCCUUGAUACUUGCCUUUCACAUGCACGGCAAGGGCCACGUAGAGAACUCCGUCCACCUCCUGCUGUUCCUCAUUACCUCCCUGGUCUGCCUAGUCCUCACCGUCGAACUGUGGAGACCCCACGACCCAAUCCUCUGGUUCUCCAAGACCUGCCUGGUGAUGAUCCAGGGCACUUGGCUGUUCCACGCCGCCUUCAUCCUCUACCGCCCGCCCACGGGUAAACCCUGGAAGAGCGAAGAUAUGGCCAACCAGAUGUUUGUCACCAACUUCUUCUGCUGGCACAUCGCUCUCAAUCUACUGUUCCUGGCCUUGCUCUUCUCCCUCGCCUAUCUGUGGCACAGACUGGGGCUCGCUGCCCAGCGCAGGUCGGGGGUCCUACACAAAACCAAAGUCCACCUGCACCUGAAUGGUGAAGCCCUCCACUCGAGACCAGAAGCCAGAGAGGAGGAGAUUCAAUUGCUUCAAGUAGAUGAAUUUUGAUAGUUCCCAUCCCUCACCCAGUCCUACUCUAUUCUUGAUGUCAAGAUGACUACAAUCUGAUUUUUGAUCUGUAUUAUUCAUUUAUUUUUGUGCGUGAGUGGUUUAUUUUGUUUUAAAGCAACCAUUUUGUUCAGCAUCUGCUGACCUACCUGUAUUUGAAGAUCAAAUUGACUUUUUAGGGCUAUAUUUUAUGCCUCUCAUUCUCGCACUUCUCUGAUCAUGCACAUGAUUUUGUUUUUGAAGUAACCAGAGAAUUAACUUAUCCAAACCCUUUCGACAGCCAGGAAUGUGUCGUUAUUUAUUAUCAUGUUUUUUUUAUAUAUGCCUUGACAAUCUCUCCUCAAUUGCACAUGAGGCAAAAAUGCCUCUGCUAAGUUUUAGCAAGCAACCAAAAAAUCUAAUUUGUGGUUUCACUUUGAAAAAGUGGCCAUUGCUUUCUUUUUAGGAUGGAGGGAUGGGGUAGGGGGUGGGGUGUGGGAGAGGAAACAAAAUCUGUCAAACUUCAUGGUCUUAACCACUUUGUCUGAAAUUUGAACUGCCGUUCUUGUCUAAAUCACUGCAACAAGUGUUUUUAAUGUCCCAAAGAUUCAGCUUGUAAAACAUUGGUCAGCUGCUGCGGAAACUGAGCCGUUUUCAACUCCAGUUUGUUACAAGUCGACUGAAAUCAUUUGGAGACUCAACCAAAAAAAAACCACCCUUUUCCCCAAGCGAUGACUUCCAAUCUGCCGUAUGACGUGAUUCGAAAGGUGCUGUGUAAAUUGUUUGGGAACAUGUAAUUGCGAGAAAUUUUGGAAAAUUGUUCAAAUUAAUCUCGAUUCAGAAGCUGGUUUCUUUUCAAAAGAACUGAAUGGGGAAAAUAGCUUCUAAACUGAACUUGAAUCUUGGGAAUUAGGAGCAGGAGUUGGCCAUUCCACAAAUUCACUACCCUCUGAGUUAAGAAAUGUUUCCUCAACUCAGUUCGAAAUGGCUGACCGUUAAUCUUAAAACUGUGACCACUAGUUAUAGAUUCUCCAACCAGGGGAAACAGCCUCACACUGUC